UCUGAUUCGCCACCACGACAGCCCUGUCCAAUGAGCGUCCUUGUCAUCCAAGGGUAAAGGCAGCUGUAGGCGGAUUGAACCAACCAUUCCCGUUAGCCACAACAAACUCAGCAGCUGAUCGGUCGAAACUGCAAGAUGGCGAGUCUGGGAAGAAACAUAAUUAGGAGUCAGCAAUUUGCCAAGUCGCAUGUGAAAUAUGGUAGUUGUGCGGUAUAUAGUACAGCACCUCUCCCAGAAUUCCCAGCUCACAGCUACAAGCCUCCCUCGUACCAGGGAUUCAGUGAGGAGAAGACGAAGGAUGUCCGGAAGAAGAAUCUGAGCCCGGGGCUGGUGACGUACUACAGGAAACCAGUGAUGAUCCAUCAUGGCAACAUGCAGUACCUGUACGACACGGACAACAGGCCCUACCUUGACUUGUUUGCCGGCAUCGUCACUGUCAGUGUGGGACAUUGUCACCCGCGGACAGUGAAGGCAGCGACGGAGCAGCUGGGCAAGCUGUGGCACACCACCAACAUCUACCUCCACCCCAAGAUACACGAGUACGCAGAGAAGCUCGUAGCCAAGAUGCCAGGCAACCUGAAGGUGGUUUGUUUUACCAACAGUGGUUCCGAGGCGAACGACCUUGCCCUUCAUAUGGCUCGUUUGUACACUGGUGUGUAUGACACCAUAUCACUGAGGAACGCCUACCACGGGAUGAGCCCCUACCUGAUGGGUCUGACGGCCAUAUCCACCUGGCGCUACAACACCCCUACAGGAUUCGGCAUCCACCAGGCAAUGAACCCUGAUCCAUUCCGAGGGCCGUGGGGCGGUGCCAGGUGUCGGGACUCUCCAUCGCAGACAAUCCGGUCAUGUGACUGUGCGGAGGGUGAGUGCGAGGCUUCGGACCUGUACUUCGAACAACUGGAGGACACAGUCCGCUUCUCCAUGCCUAAGGACAGAGUGGGGGCUUUCUUCGCAGAGUCGGUGCAGGGUGUCGGUGGUGCCGUACAAUUUCCAAAGGACUACUUGAAAAAAGCAUUUGAUCUGAUUCGAUCCAAAGGGGGACUCUGUGUGUCUGAUGAGGUGCAGACAGGCUUUGGUCGAAUGGGCAGCCAUUACUGGGGCUUUGAGACGCAUGGUGUUAUCCCAGACAUGGUAACAAUAGCUAAGGGCAUGGGAAACGGCUUCCCCAUGGGCGCUGUGAUUACAACUCCGGAGAUCGCUGCCACGCUGGGGAAGGCACUUCACUUCAACACGUACGGCGGCAACCCAGUUGCAUGUGCAGUCGGUUCAGAAGUCCUCGAUGUGAUAGAGGAUGAGAAAAGACAGGAGCACUGUGCCGUUGUGGGAACCCGCCUCAUCCACAAGUUGCAGGGGCUACAGGAGGAGUUCGAUUUCAUUGGUGAUGUGCGAGGCAAAGGACUGAUGAUUGGAGUGGAAAUGGUCACGGACAAGAAGUCGCGGAAGCCGAUGUCGGGAGAGGACAUAGGGGACAUCUGGGAGGACACCAAGGACAUGGGCAUCCUGCUGGGGAAGGGAGGACUGUACGGGAAUACCUUCCGUAUCAAGCCCCCGAUGUGUAUCACAGAUGAAGAUGUAGAUUAUGCGGUUGCCGUCAUGAGAAAAGCUUUUGAGAAUUUUGCUGUCCGACGAAAGUAAAUAGUCGACAUGUGCGAGAGAAUAUGUCAGUAUUUUAUCCCUGUCACUGAUCUGAUAAAAUGGUCCUCAGGAACCCACAAAGCAAGAAGCGCUUUGUCUACUUUACAUUCAAUGGAUUUCUGUACUGCUGAAAUAGUCCCCGUGAAAACUGAAGAAUCUUUGGAGUACACUUUUCAAUAAAUGGAGGUCAUUUUACAACCUCAAUCCUACUGCUAUGUCAGGCGUUACCUGAUGUUACAUUUAUUCUGCACCUCAUGCUAUGUUGAAUAGCAUGGCCUUUUAAUCUAUGAUGAUUCUCUGUUAUAGUAGUUGUCUAUGAAGAAUGUCUACAGGUAUCUUUUUGUGUUCACCAUGUUCAUGUUUUAGCCUAUGAUGUCACUGCAUUGUUGCCUCAAUGAGUGAUGUCAUAGCCAGCUUCCUGAGGCAAGGGAGUCAACUGACUGUAAAAGUCCACUUUCCACCUUUGCCAAACUAGACCAGAAUUUCUGGGUUUGAUCGUAGUGCACCAGUGCUUAUUACGAGUUAUGUCCCUCCUAUGCCCCUGCUAUUGACCAAUCAGAUUCCACCUCUGAUAUCAUUUGUAUUUGCUUCAAUAAUCUGAAUAAUCAAUAUCGAUAUUGUAAUAAAACGUGUCUUUCUUCGCAAUGUGCAUCAAAUUUACGUGAACACCUUGAUAAAAAACCUGAAAAGAUUUGGAAAAUAUCUUUUGACACUGUUAACGGUAUACAUGUUUUGCAAAUGUUGCAAUAGACCUAAAUCUGCAUGGCAGUUUACGAAGCGGAUGUUGAUUUCGUUAAACGAUUUUCACGAUAGACUCGUUAGUCCAGCCAAAAUGAAACUCCGAACCAUAUUUCCAGUCUAGUUCAACAAGGGUGAAAAAUUUACUUUUAUAGUCAGUUAACUCCCUUGCCUGAGAAAGAUGUGUCAAUGCAAUCUAUGAUGUCUUCCAUUGUUUGUAUAAACUACACUUUAAAACUUUAGGGAUAUGUAUAGUUUUAGAUAUACUGUAAAUCUUGAAAUUAACGCGAGCAUGAAUUAAAUGCAAAAAAUGCAAGUGGUCUUUGAUUGCAUUAAUUAACUUCGCAUUUAAGUCAAAAAUGACUAUCAACAAUAAGAUGGCCUCACUGCACACAUUGGAUAGCGGAAAUACCAACUUGAAUACUAACACAAAGACAGUUUAUUGAGCAGCAGUUGUAACAAGUAUAUAACAAUGUCAUUCAAAAAAUAGUAUUACACAAUGGGUAACCAGUGAGUUAUCACUGCUGUAGUCAAGAGUUCUACCCACUCGUGCCAAGCUUGUUGACACGCAUACCAAUCAGUAAACUGUUGUUGAUUCAAUUAUUUUAUUGCCUUUGAACUUCCUUAAUGCCGGUCAACAGAGUAAACAUAUAAACAGUGUGUUGCUUUUAGGAAAACACUGUUUAUUGUUUUUACGGAAGUGCCCUACUAAGUAAUAAGCGCUGCUAUUUGCUGUUUGAUUGGAUUAAGGUAAGGAUAUGUAUCAUUCCACUGGGCUGGGGUGGGGGAGUCGCAUUGAUUUUGAGUUGCAUUUGUGGCUAGGGGUCAGCAGUCGUAUUAGUUUGGAGACGCAUUAAUUUCCAGAUUUACAGUAUACUAUUAUGAUGUUGAAAUGUAAAUUUUUAUUCGUGCCCUAGCACAAGAAAAUUCACAGUGACUACCUUGUUUUCAUUUGGAGAGUUUGAUUUGGUCGUUUAGAUUUUUUAGAUACCUAGCAUUUACAGAUGUUUACAGAUAUCAACAAGUCAGUAGUCAGUUUGUGGAGUAUGUAAACACAUAUUACUCAGGAACAACAGCUGUUAGGAUGACAUGUAAUCUACUGGCAACUAGUUUAACCCAGGGCCAUUCUGCUUCAGAAAAAUGUUCCACAAGGAAUUAACAAAUAUGCAUAAGUCAUGGAAAAGUUGAGACUUUUAUGGUGAAAUAUGAGUAAAUUUUCCUUUUGUAUUCAUGUUAUUGAAACACCCCAUGCAAAGUAACCUGCCUUGUCAAAGUUGACAAGGCAAGAGAAAUAAGAAAGGCAUAUGUUGGGUUCAAGGUCAUAGGUGUGGCAGGACUUGUGGGCUGCCCUAAGCUAUUAUUAUAAUGAAUUAGAUUUGGCAACUUGAGUUACCAGCAAGCAGCAAGCAGCCGCAGCAAGCAGCAAGCAGCAAGCAGCAAGCAGCAGCAGCAAGCAGCAGCAGCAGCAGCAAUGGGCAACUAUGUUGCCAGCAGCAAAAUACUAAGUUUCAGCUGAAAAGCAGACAUGAAUUAAGUUAAGCCUAAAGGUUCCCAUCUGCUGAGAAGCAGAGGGACUGAACAGAUUCCCGCUGAAGAGCAGGGACCUGAUAAUUUUGAUGAUUACUUGGUGAUUAAGUAAGUAUUUACAUUUGUAGCCCACAAGAACCACGCCCACCUAUAACAUUUAUUGAAUAAAUAAGCAAUAUACAUAGUUUGCCCUGAGCCAUAUAUGUACACAAGAUUGAUUAGAGAGAAUAUGAAUGUGGCAGGCUAGGGGUAGGGUGGGUGGGAACCAAAAGUUGAGAAUUGCUGUACAAAACAUGGUACAGAAAAUUUUGACAGAACUAACAGAUGAUGGUGAUGAAGAUGGUGAUUACACAAGAGAAAGUUUGAUGACAUCAUAGGAAGUAGAAUUAUGACGUAAGUGGCGGGAGAUUGUAAGAGGAAGUGCAUAAGGAGAUAAACAAAGAGGUGCAUUAUGGUUUCAAUAAACCCAUUUAGUGAGAAGCACUAAAUGAAAUUAUGAUUCCAUUGUCAUACUAACUCUUAUUAACUUUUGAUUAUUAUUUUUAAUGAUCUUUGACGCACAAUAUUCCUAACUUGAAGAUGAUGAUUAUGUGUGUGUUUUCAAUUACACUCUGCUUUGGGCAACUAGGACUAUGUCCUGAUGUCUCACUGCCGUGGUUCACGCCGUCCAUGUAUUUCUCAGCUUGUAGAUAUAGGUAUGUAAUCUCGCUCGGACAUCCAACAAAUGUUCAGCUUUUUUUUUAUAAGUUCAUUGUUAUGUUAGGUGCUGAAUUUUUACCAGUAUUUACAGGUGCUUCUUAAAUGUUGUCAUGCUUCACAAGCAUCUCAUCAUUAAGCCCUGUUGGCUGCAUGAUGUCGAGGCAUAGUACGUUGUUUUGAUCAUACUGCUGUAUGCGUAAGAGCUUUAAUAUGAUAUGGAAUAAUAAAUUAUACAGGACA